CUUGUAUUAGAACAUGAAUAAUUUCAAAGCGUUUCUACCAGAACCCCUUCCAAUUCUUCCGACAGCAACUCCAUAAUCGAAAAUCUUGCAUUAACAGAGCUUCUGCGUGCGAAUACCUCCACUUCUUUCCAUUCUCCUGUGCUUGCUCAAGAUGAAUCGUUAUAGCAGAGGUCCAACUUCUGGCCCCUCCAAAGCUUCGCCGUCUACGUUGUGCCAGAAAUGUCUCAAAAAAGGCCACUAUUCUUAUGAGUGCAAAGCCACUUCCCAAGACCGACCUUACACAACGCGCCCUUCAAGAACACAGCAAUUGCUCAACCCGAAGCUAGUUCCGAAACUGACCAGCGAGGCUCCUCUCUUGCAGAAAAAGGGUAUUGCGGAUGAACAACUUGCAAAAGCGGACUUAGAGCGAGGGCGAAAAAGGGAAAGACAGAGUGAGGACCCAGAGAUUCGGACGAAAAGAAUGCGCUCUGCUUCGUCAGCUUCAGUUUCGACAAUCUCUACGAACAUGUCUCGUUCACCAUCUCCCAAGCCUUCGAGAGAGCCUGACAGGAGCAAAUUCAGGUCUAUGAGCAUAUCUGAGUCUCCUCGUCAACAACCAAAAUCAGCCAGUCGCUCACCACGAUCACAUCGUCAAAGACUUUCUGACUCUGAAAAGAAAAGGAGAAGAGACUCCCAUUCGUCUCUGGACUCUUAUAGCUCCACUGAGAGGCGGCGCUCUAGAGAGCGGGAGAGCAGUCGCAGCACCCGAAGAAGAUAUCAACAAGCCAGCCCCCCUACCAGAGGACGAAGAACGACGGAAAGCCGAAGUCCACUCAGAGAAAGACGCAAGUUAUCGAAUGAUCGACAGAGAGAAAAGGGAGAUUUUGCUGUCAGCACGAACCCAAGCAACAGACCGCCUAAUGAAAGAAGUCUAAGUCCCUUCAGUAAGCGGUUGGCAUUGACGCAGGCGAUGAACAUGGGUCGGUAGGAUACCAGCGAGCAUCAUUGGGAUGGGUAGGAUAAUAAAGGAUUGUAGAAGAGAUACCCCUUGGCGACACCAACCGUUGUUCUUUAUGAUUAGACAGAGUCCAAUUUAUGACUCAAUCAGCAUCCAUCACAGAAUUCCUAGUUGUGGCUGUAAUCAUUUAUUGGUUUACAAUUAUCAUAAGGCUUGCUUCAACCCAAAAGAUCAAAGCAAGACCUGAAGAUGC